UCAUGUGUAACAGAAUGACGCGUAAAGGAAAAAGGAAAAGCGCUGCUGUUUCCUUGGCUGUAGUUGUUAUUUUGAUGUGUUGUUUGGCGCAAACGAUAGACUGUUAUCGACUGAGGAAAACAGAAAGACGAAAAGGCCGAAAAGAAGCUGAGGCAUCCAAAACGAUAGGCGUCCAUGAGGGGAAAAUUGUGUUCGGGAGGGUCUUUAAGAAAGGGUCAGGCCUUGAGUCACAAGCCAUUGACGGGACCAAGAAGCUGUCCUCAAACGCUUCUAUGGAGGAUGAAGCUGCUUAUCAAGCGGACUUUGCAGGCUGGUCGGAAGGUCAAGUGCAGGAUACCAGUUCCAUAGAAGAAUGGAAGAUCAUGUCGCCCUCUCUGCAUUGUGGUGGUGACCAGUUGAAGUUCAGCGCAGUCGGACCAGGAGCUUCGCAGUUUGCAGUGGAACAAGGAAAUGCUUCUCCAAUGCCUCUGUCCCAAGUCCCUCGCUCUUGUGGCUAUGGCAUGCAGAAUAACCCCCUUGGGCUUGUCUUGUUGGUUCCCUAUGAUGGCUGCAAUGUGGCUCAAGAGGGUGGAAGUUACAUUCUCCCAAUGCAAUGGCAGGGAAUUCCAUUCGUACUCUGGUGUCGUAAAUCUGCUUCACCUUCCCCCACAACUGCUGCCCAACAAAACCAACAACAUCAGACACCCUGGUACCCUCCAUCAUACCCCCAUGUGGUGCCGCCGUCCCCCUAUGUUCCACUCCCCUAUGUGCCGUCGCAGGGUGUGCCUCAGUCGACGCCGCAGCCCAAUGUAAUGCAAAGGAGGCUUCAUUUUACGCUGCCAAUGCCCCAGGUGCAGCCCCAAACUUUCCCCCAGGUGCAGCCCCAGACGUUGCCCCAGACCCAGCCCCAGACCCAGCCCCAGACCCAGCCCCAGACCCAGCCCCAGACCCAGCCCCAGACGUUCCCUCAGACGCAGCCCCAGACGUUCCCUCAGACGUUCCCUCAGACGCAGCCCCAGACGUUCCCUCAGACGUUCCCUCAGACGCAGCCCCAGACGUUCCCUCAGACGCAGCCCCAGACGCAGCCCCAGACGUUCCCCCAGACGUUCCCCCAGACGCAGCCCCAGACGCAGCCCCAGACGUUCCCCCAGCCCCAGACGCAGCCCCAGACGUUCCCCCAGCCCCAGACGCAGCCCCAGACAUUCCCCCAGAGGUUCCCCCAGCCCCAGACAUUCCCCCAGAGGUUCCCCCAGCCCCAGACGCAGCCCCAGACGCAGCCCCAGACGUUCCUCCAGCCCCUGACGCAGCCCCAGACGUUCCCCCAGACGUUCCCCCAGACGCAGCCCCAGCCCCAGACGCAGCCCCAGACGUUCCCCCAGACGUUCCCCCAGACGUUCCCCCAGACGUUCCCCCAGACGUUCCCCCAGACGUUCCCCCAGACGUUCCCCCAGACGUUCCCCCAGACUUUCCCUCGGCACGCUUGA